UCGAGACAAGCCUGAACAUGCCCUGCCUCGUACAAAGCCCAGCAAUACAGUGUGUCGGCAUUUGAAGUUGUGUCGCCGUUCAGGAAAGAAGUGAAAAUCGCCGUUCGCUUGUUUUUAACCAUAUAUACAUUAAACAGCAUCAUGCAAAAAGGGUUCUCUAUACUGAAAGCCGAGGACGCGUGUGUAGACUUCGAGGGUCAAGGGAUGAUAUCCCCCUUCGAAGAGGUUUCCGCGCCACCAUUACCCCCCAAAAUCGACGACAGACUCGCCAAAGCCACCCUGCAGGUCCUGGAGACUGGCCGCCUCACCCCCCUCAUCAAGGAGGAGUUAAAGUGUAAGAUACAAGCGCGACGACACAGUCUAGGACAGGAGGAGUACAAUGUGGAGUUUAAGAAACCCAAAUCCUAUUUGCUCACGCCAGAGGAAGAACAGAGGGCAACCCACCGGAAAGAACGAAACCGCCUUGCGGCUCAGCGCUUCCGGCGGAAGCGGAAGGUGGAAUCAAGCAGCCUCGAAGUGGAGGUUGACCGCCUGACAAACGCCAAUGCCAAACUCCAGGCGGAAUUUGACUCCCUGACAGUGGAGAAAGAACAACUUCUGUUUGCUCUCUCUCAGAUCCGGACACCCUCGGGGCCCAUCCUGCCAGGUGUUUCCCGCUGAGACACCAAGUGUCAUGAAUCAAUGUGUCACAUACUGACAGUGCAGAAGCUUGCCAAGGCUCGAGCUCCGCCCACUGUGGGCAUCUGGCCUGGCCUGGCAAUGUACAGAACUGAUCAAGGGUACUGGGAACUUGUAGUGAGUGUAGUUCGAAUUAGUUACCAACAAUAGCCAACCAGGGAACAGCAUGUGAGAACACAAUCAUAUGUCAUGAAUCAUUGUUGCAGUAGUUGUGAUUGGUACAUUUUGAACAAGUUUAAAAAGUGAUUUAAAGGUUGAUGCUGAGACACGCAUUUACAUAUAUCCAUACUCAGAUUUAUGGGUGCAUCAUAGAGUGAUAAAUGGUCUCAAAUGUCUUGAUGCUGAUACCUCCUUGGCCUCGUACGCCUGAUCGUGUAAGUGCUUUUUGUAUCCAUCUGUAAGAAAUACGGGUAAAUCGUUUUAUAGGAUAUGGCGUUUAGCAGUGUACGUGCCAUGCACUUAAAAUGACGCCACGACGCAUUGUCUCAUAACUGACAAUAAUGAAAGACCUCAUACCAAACCAUGGCACAAUACCAUUCCUCCAAGGCUAUACAUUUUAACAAGUGUUUAAUGUUCAGUCACUAGUUCAGGUUAGUAAAGGCCUUCACAUGCUGUUUCUUGAAGUAGCCACUGAGAUCAUGUAGUUUACUUGUUUUGUAUGAUAUACAUUCAGGGUCACAAAGUUUCAUGUAUCAGUUUUUGUAAUGAGUUGUACAUGUUGCCAUUUUUGUUGUUGCCAUGGUGACAUGUCUCAGUUACCUCCCCUUGUCUCCACCAAGUGACCCAUGUCCAAUCAAAUCUGCUACUCAAAAGCCCUCAGUGUCACACCCACUUGGAUAAAGAACCCAGCAAUGAUCACCCACAUCUGAAGAUCACUUUUAUUAUUAUGGAGACAGAUUGGGAUAAACUUAUCUUAUGAAAAAUAACCGCCGUUAUAGGUUUUCUUCGUGUUCUGGUUUGACACAGUUUACUGACGUCAUUGUUUUCCUUUAGUUGUGAUAUUUAAUCUGUUUAUUUCCAAAUCCAAAUGUCAAUCAUUAGACAAUAAACUGUGACUGACAUGAACACAGACGAAUGUUGGGGUAGAAGUACCAAAAGUCUGUGGUAAGUCCACAACAAUCCCCCCCUACCCACACACACA